UUGAGUUUUGAGAAUUUUCUAGAUUAAGGUCGGCUACGUGAAACGUUUGCCAAAACUUUCCACUGCUAACUGGGCUACCUGGUUACUUGUACCUGAGCGGAGGGCAAAUUCUUGGUUAGGUAGGUUUAAGUCAUGCAUGGUACCUGUCUGCAAUACAUAUUGGUGCUUUCCUAAACACUAGGCAAUCAGAAGCGAUCGAGUGUCAGUUCAGUUAACCUCAAGAGGAAAGUGCAAAACCGAUAUGGGAACGCGAGUCUACGUAGGAAAACUACCGAGUGACGUUCGGGAGCGAGACGUGGAACGGUUCUUCAAAGGAUUCGGCAGAAUAAACGACAUUCUGCUGAGGAAAGGCUACGGAUUUGUGGAGUUUGAUGACCAUCGGGACGCAGAGGAUGCAAUCUACGAGUUGAACGGGGAGAAGCUUCUGGGACAACGAGUUGUUAUCGAAUCAUCCAGGAAGCCCCAGCGCCAGACGCGUAGAGGCGAUUCGCGGUACCGUUCGCCAACUAGGACGAGGCAUCGUGUGAUCGUGGAGAACGUCUCUUCCCGAAUCAAUUGGCGUGAUCUGAAGGACUACAUGCGAAGAGCAGGAGAGGUCACCUUUGCGGACGCCCACAGGGAUCGACAGUAUGAAGGCGUGGUGGAAUUUGCUAGCAGGUAUGAAAUGAAGCGAGCCAUCAAAAUGUUGGAUGAUACGGAACUGAACGGAAGAUUUAUUCGGUUGGUAGAGGAACGUAGGAGUAGCAGUCGCAGUUCAAGGUCCCGGUCGUGCUCCGGUUCUCGCAGCCAAUCUCGAUCGGUGGAGAGCUACCGUCGUUCCAGGUCACGAUCGCCUUCGGAUAGUCGCAGUCGAACAAGAUCCCGGUCCCGCUCUUCGAGUCGAAGCUAUCGAUCGCGAAAAUCAAGUGAACGAUCGGCGAACCGUUCGCGGUAUGUUUCAACGAAGCGCCGCGGUGAAGAGUAGUGAUACUUUUAAUUUUAUGUGUGAUUUAAA